GAAAGAGAGAGAGGGAGAGAGAGAGGGAGAGAUGUUAAAAAAAACGCGCGCAUGUACCAUCAGUUUGUUAGUAAACACUGCAGUCUUCUCUGACGCGAACCUCACAGAACUGCGCCAAUUCAGAUAAGCUGGACUAGAUACUAGAUGUGUUUGAUGCGCUGAUUAUUAGUAGCAUCUAUUUGACACCAGUGCCUAGUACAUACGCGGAAUAAUAUCAUUGUUGUUUGUGGACUUUAAAAAGCGUAAACCCAUGACGUCUUUAGUGUUUCAUUAGUGGCUUGAGUUUCAAAGCAGUGCUUAAGGGACGGGUUCGGCUUACCCGUACAGACGAGAGACGAGUAUUUCUCAUCAUUUGAUGCAUAUUAGAACAUAGGCACAACUAUGUAACAAAGUUAAAUUACUCUGAGCAACGUACAGCCAGACUAAGUUAAUAAUUCAAUUGUGAGAGCCGCCCUGGAUUGAGUUGCCUGAAGUGUAAUGUCUUCUUUGGAAUAAUUCUAAGGAUUAGGAUUACGAGACAAGCUUUGGGGUAAGUCUUGUCCUGUCCCAUGUUAUAAAUCACUUCCACGGGGUCUUAUUACACAACUAUUUGAUCACAUUAUCAUACGACUAUUUGCUCACAUCAUCACGCGACAAUUUGGUCACAUCAUCACACGACCAUUUGGUAACAUCAUCACAUGACCAUUUGGUCACAUCAUCACACGACCAUUUGGUCACAUCAUCACACGACCAUUAGGUAACAUCAUCACAUGACCAUUUGGUCACAUCAUCACAUGACCAUUUGGUCACAUCAUCUCACGGCCAUUUGGUCACAUCAUCACAUGACCAUUUGGUCACAUCAUCUCAUGGCCAUUUGGUCACAUGAUCUCACGGCCAUUUGAUCACAUCAUCACACGGCCAUUUGGUCACAUCAUCACACAGUGAUUUGGUCACAUCAUCACACAGUGAUUUGGUCACAUCAUCACACGGCCAUUUGGUCACAUCAUCACACAGUGAUUUGGUGGCAUAAUUACACGGCCAUUUGGUCACAUCAUCACACGGCCAUUUGGUCACAUCAUCACACGGCCAUUUGGUCACAUCAUCACACGGCCAUUUGGUCACAUCAUCACGGUCAUUUGGUCACAUCAACACAAGGUGAUUUGAUGACAUCAUCACAUGGCCAUUUGGUCACAUCAUCAGACAGUGAUUUGGUGGCAUCAUCACACGGCCAUUUGGUCACAUCAUCAUAUGGCCAUUCGUUUACACCACAAGUCAUAUAUAUUGUUAUAUUCAUUGUGUAUGUAUUUUAUAUUUAUUGUGUAUAUGACUAUGUCUAUUCUCCUCCAGCAAGGGCGCUUUAGGACAUUUGUUUCGUAUGUUUAAUUCCCUUGAAUAAACAAAACGCGCAUAAAACUAAAUAAGGUCAGAGUGACGAUAACUUUUCAAACAGAAAGGAGAGUUGUGACGUCAAUCCCUCCACUAAUGCUGAGAGUUAUCUAUCGUGCGGUAUUCGAUUACGAAUGUAUAAGUGGCCUAAGUCAAGACUACCGCGUGACUUACAUGAAAUUUUUAGCCGUGUUCAUGGACACUUGAUUGUGACAGGAUGUUUUCACUUGUUGACCUAUAGCCAGUGUGUGUGUGUGUGUGAGAUCACGUUUAUAAGUUGAUACCCCACAUUUAUAAACUGAUCCCUUUUUGUUAUCCAACAUUUAUAAACUUAUCCCUUUUGUUAUCACAUAUUAUAAACUGAUCCCUUUUGUUAUCCCACAUUCAUAAAAUGAUCUUUUGAUGUUACCCCACAUUUAUAAACUGAUCCGUUUUGUUAUCUCACAUAAUUUAUAAACUGAUCCCUUGAUGUUACCCCAAAUGUAUAUGCUGAUUCCAAGUGAACCUUAAGUUUGUUACUAACCAUUCUAGCUGUAUACUGACGCGCCCUGGCCUAGUUUAGUAUUCAUGCAGCAAUGUACACUAUGAACUCUGAUCAGCACGGCUGGUGCAACACUGUCCCUGCCUGAAUGCUGUAAUGCCAACUUCCUGUGUCAAACAAACAAUGGGACUUAAUGCCACUGUAAUUGGAUUCAAACAAACGUACCGAGCCAUUGACCUAAAGAUAUUCAAAUGUCUGUACCCCUGCCACACAGUUAUUCAUUUUUAUGUCUCUAUCAAUCACACGCAGUUGUACAUGUCGUGUUUAUACCCGUCUUUCGUACAGUUGCACACUUCAUGUUUGUACCCUCUCACACUGAUGUACGUUUUAUGUUUGUACCCCUCCCGCACAGUUGUAUAUUUCAUGUCUGUACCCCUCACUGCGUAGACAGUUGUACACAUCUUCGACACAAGUUGUACAUUGCAGUUUAAGUAUGUACACCUCGAUCCAACACAUUUUUACAUUUCAUUAUGUACCCUACUCUCUCCCACACUGUUGUACAUUUCAUCUCUGUACAAUUUUUUUUUCCCAAACCUCUCUCCCACAACAUUGUACGAGUCCCCUAUGUUUUCCCAGACCUAUGGAUAAAUAUCAAAUGUCACAUCUAUUGAAGCAUGCUAGUAUUUUUCUACCCAGACUGCGGUUUUAAAAAGCCCCAUCUUUCCAUUGUAUCCAUACAAUUUUGACGUGAAGCAGUAAUCACUGCUUGCAUAUUUUAGGGACCUUAUGUUUGGUUUUGUUUGCUAAUUCCUGUCCGCAGCCACUCACCAUUAAAGGAAAUAACAACUAUAUUCAAUGUCGCCGUUUAAGUGUUUUCACCUUUUGUUGCUUUGAAUUUUACUGACCAGGCCCAACGCUAGUUUAAUACGCUGCACUCUAAUACUAGAUCCCACACUUAAAUGUAGAGUAGUUUUAAAAUAGUUGUGUCACACCUUUCAAGAAAAUUUGCAAAUGUUACCAGUGUCUCUGAAUGAAGCAAUUAUUUUGCUUUUCCAUAUUGUCUACAAUAUUAUAUUGUGUGGUAAACACUACAGGUAGCAUUAUUGUUUUGUAAACACUACAGGUAGCAUUAUUGUGCGGUAACCACCACAGGUAGCAGUAGUGUAUGGUAACACUACAGGUUGAAUUAUUGUUUUGUAAAAACUACAGGUAGCAUUAUUGUCAAUAUUGUGUGUGGUAAAUACUACAGUAGGUAGCAUUAUCAUGUGGUAAACACUACAGGUAGUCUAUUCGUCACGUUCUCCUCUUAAAGUUAUUUUACGUGGAUAAAAACAAGCACUAUCAAAAUUUUGUAAUAUUUUUCUAUAAUAUGUUUCAGACACACCAGCAUAAAACAAGACAGGAGCAGCUAUUUAAUUUAACGGCAGUGUAUAAAAUGAGAACGCAGAAAACGGUGCCAGGCCUGUGCCUGGUGAUGAUGACCUUGACCCUGUUAUUUGAACUGAGCGCAGGGUGAGCAGAUAACUGAAAUAAUAAACCGUGUGUAACAUCUCUUUCUUUAAAAAGCAUUCUCCCGUUGAAAGCUUUUCCAAUUCAUGUUCCACCGCCAUCUUUGAUUAAUAACUCUAGCUAUGCCACUGCUCUGCAACUAUGAGAGUUCUAUCAUCGCAGCCUUAUGAAACCUAUAUUUGAGUGCAUUCUAAUUUUCACCCAAAUUUUUGCACUUCUCAUUUGCCUGCACAUAAAACUGCAGGAAUCCUUCUUGUUUUAAAUAAAAUUCCUAAAAAUAAUUUUUUAGGUCGUGAACCUGAUGGAAAAAAUCGCCCACAAGUUGGUAAACAUGCAACGACAUUAUACUUCCCCCCUGUUUACAAACUAUAGAGAAUGACUGCAGUGUCAGAAAUUUGAGAAUCAAAUAGUUGACCAUUGUCUCUGUUAAGAACCAUGCUCCACUGUUUGAGAAACAACCAAACAAUAUAUUAUGGAUAGCUAGAAACACUAAACUUAAUUUCAGAAUUGUCUUUCUCAAUCAAUUACAAUUUCCAAACCUUCAUUUCCAUCGCUGUCUUAAGGCAUAGACCCAUCAUAGGCCCACACCACCACGCACUGGCCCAAGACCUCGCGCAUCUAGGGGGCCACAUGAGACUCACUCUUUUUGAGGAAUCAUGCUUUACAUAUUGUUAAUGAAUAUUGAAAGAUGUUUUCAAUUGAAUUUGAUUUAAAAGUCUGUGGACAGCACGUUUCUCAAUUUCAACCAACGAUAUUAUUGGCACAUUCAAAAUUAAUAUUAUAAAUGCGAAUAACAAAUUGGAUUUUUUUCUCAAAGGGGAAUAACUCUCGCCAACAAGUUUACUUCUGCUAGAUAUGAAUGGAAAAUAAUCAUGAAGGAAGUAUUUGUGUUAACAAUCAUGUUAGACGAAGAUGUUGGCCCCGGGCGGUAAUAACUCUAGCUAUGCCACUGCUCCGCACUCCGUUCAAUAGUGCAAUUAGUGGAGGAAAUCAGUAUCGUCUUAAAGCAUGGGCGCACUUGCCCGGGGUCAUGCUCGAGGGGGGGGGGCCUCAUUCCUCUCGUCUAGGGGGCAUCACUGAUCACGCCUCUAGGGCUCUAGGGUAACUAACGCCACUCUAGGGUGCCUCACACUUCUAUGGGCAUUAUGCUGUCAAGAUUAUUAGUGGUUAUUGGUGAAUAUUAAAAUAUUGUGGUAAUUUAUUUUGCUUUCAAAAUGAAAGCGACAAGACAGUUUCUCCAGUUUAUUUAAGUAUUUUAAGUCAAGCACGUUUUUCGAGUCUCACAUUCACAUCAUUUCAAAUUUUUGGUUCUAGCUUUAGAAAAUUUUGGAAAUUUGAUCGAAUGGGAAUUUGGUCGAAUAGUUUUUUUCAGUUCACACGUUAAAAUUUUCGUCAAAUUUCUUUUUGAACACACUAUAGGCCUACUGUAUAGUAAAACAAAAUAAUGCGUUCAAAAAGAAAAUUGAAGCAAAAUUUUAACAUAAGAGCUGGAAAAACAAUUCGACUAAAUUUCGGUUCGAUCAAAUUACCGUCGAUCAUUUUACCGUUGACGAAAUUUCUUUAGAUCAAAUUUCCAGAUAGGUAUUUUCUGUUGCUAGCUGGUUAAGUGUAGAAGAAUGCAAAAUUAAAUUCAUGUAUGCGCAAAAUUGCAUCCUAUAAUUUUGAAUGUUUUAAAAAAUUUCUGCUGAGGGGCUUUCUCCAAAACUUACCUCCACUUUCUUUGGAGCCCUUGAUCUCUUCUCCUUGCAAAUUAAAGUAACAGUUCCGAGACAUUUUAAUCUUUAAAACAAAUCAAUGGAUGUAAAUGUAAGUAAAUGCAAUGUUUGUUUUGAACUGACAAAAUUAUGAUUUUCCUUUAGUUUUAUACGUAGUUGGACUAUGAAGAUUCUAGGGAUGAAACUAAACCUGGGCUAAAAGUAUACCAUCAGGGGGCUCCAAUACCAAAAAUUUUUUUUGGUUAUGUAGGGUGGGUGGCUAUGAAGUCAGUGCUGGCCCUGGCGUUAAAAUUCCUAAUUUCGGUGCUGAUAGAUGGUCAAAACACAUAGGCCAAUCUAGGCCAUAAUGCUUUUCAUAACAUUAUAACUUGAAUAUUAGGUUAUAGACAGCAGUUACAAGGAAAAGUAGUGCCCAUUUUCGCACUAGUAAGACGAUUUUGCCGCCUCUAUCUAUGUGAAGUACAUAACAUUUUAUAUUUAAUUCACUUGUUAGGGCCUAUCUAGGGAGGAUUUUUACACCCCCUGAUAUUGGCGCCAGGGGUGAUUGGCCCUCUAGCCUCCCCCUUAGUAUGACCCUGAUUAUAUAAUGAGUUAAGGGCCUCAGAGCUUAACGGUGCCCAUGGCCAAAGCUACUAUAAAGAUGGCCUUGGAUCACAAGUCAAAUCACAUUGAGGGCGCCCAGGUAAACAUUGUUGAAAUAAAUAGUUACAUAGCCCCAUUUUAUCUGCAUCAUAAUUUUUAUAUUUAAAUUUGACAUUUUUCAUUUUUUAGCCUGGUAAAACUUUUGUAAAAAAAAAAAAAAAAAAAAAAAAAAAAGAAAAAAAGUCAAAGAUAUUUUUUAAUGUUGAGAUUCUCUCACCUGAACAAUAACAUUACAUUUGAUACCAAUGACUUUCCUAACAAUAACAUUGCAUUUGAUACCAAUGACUUUUCUAACAAUAACAUUUACAAUUGAUACCAAUGAGUUUCCUAACAAUAACAUUACAUUUGAUACCCAUAACUUGCCUACCAAUAACAUUACGUUUGAUGCCAAUGACAUGCCUACAAUCUCCAGAAGCAAGUUUCUUCUGACAGUUCCUAAGGAGCCUUACUAUGAUGCCAACUUGACCGCUACAGUCACACCACUGGUGCUCACUCAACAGUCGGAAACAGUACACCUGUCUUACAGAGGGUCAAUAGAUAAGAGCAAAGAAUUGAACUCUACAACACUAACGUUUCAUUCAUGUAUGUAAACAAUUUAGACACAUUUGAUUCAUAUAUGUCAACAUUAAAACACAUGUGAUUCAUGUAUGUUGACAAUUUAAAUACAUUUGAUUCUUAUAUUUAAGCAUUAAAACACAUGUGAUUCAUGUAUGUUAACAAUUUAAACACAUUUGAUUUAUGUAUGUAAACAAUUUAAACACAUGUGAUUCAUGUAUGUUAACAACUUAAACACAUUUGAUUCAUGUAUGUUAACAAUUUAAACACAUUUGAUUCAUGUAUGUUAACAAUUUAAACACAUUUGAUUCAUGUAUGUUAACAAUUUAAACACAUUUGAUUCAUGUAUGUUAAUAAUUUAAACACAUUUGAUUCAUGUAUGUUAACAAUUUAAACACAUUUGAUUUGAAGUAGUUAGAUAAUCAACUUAAACACGUAAGACCAGGGGUGUCACUAGGGGGAUGCGAAGGUGCCUCCCAGGGGAUAAAGCCAAAUAAAAAAAUUGCAAAUUUGACAGAGUUCAAUCCAUUGGGUUUAUAACAGAAUUCAGUUAAAUACAAUUUAUAAAAAGGGUGUCAGCAAAUCAGGUUGGAACUACAGCAGGUUGCCACCAGAAUAGGGUGUCAGCAGACAAAGCAGGAUGCUAACUGAGCAGGAUUUGAUAAGAGCAGGGUGUUGCCAGAGCAGAAGACUCGGAUGAGGCCCAGUAAGGGAAGUCUGGAAGAGGUGGAGCUAUGCCAGGGGAGCUAACAAGAGACACCAGACUCACAUUGCCAGAAGAAAAACAAGAUGGCGCAUUGAUAAUUAUCCUUCUGAGCCCCAGAUCAGAUCACAGAGAUAUGUGAUGGAAGUAAGAGAAAUGUUUAAGGCUGUUCAAGGUAAGAUUCUGCUAUUGGUGACUGAAGAAGAGCUACUGGUGUCCAUCCCUGAACUGACCACUGAAAUUGAACUUUUAAUUGAAAUAUCAAGGCAGCAAAGGCACCUGAAAGAAGCAGAUAUUCAUUGUGGUGAAGCCAAAGAUUGGUCAGUAUUUGAAGUUUUGAAAUGCAUAGCUGAAUGGGACUUCCUAAAAUCUCUCCCAAUUCUCUCAUGAAGCCUUCAAUUAUUCUGUGUGUCUGUGACUUCUUGUGAGAGGAGCUUUUUAGUAAUGAAACUCAUGAAGGACUAUUAGCAAUCUACCAUGGACAGUUCAGGCUUUCUGGUCAUGCAAUUUUUUUAAUUGACAGAUUGGCAGGGAAAAGGUGAAGAAUUGUGAUAUUGAUGAAGUGAUUGACAGGUUUGCAUCUGUGAAGGUCAGGCAAGGAAAGUUUUAAUUGAAAAGUUUAAAUGGUUCAAUAAAAAGGGCUUUUUUUGCAUUUUUAAAAAAUGCUGUCACAUCAAAUUCUAUGUCUUCUUCUUAUGUAUUUUAUUGCUUUAGGAAUUAAAUUACAAGCAACGCUUUAAGUGUUUUCUUAUGAUCUGGUUAAGAAUUACUCAGUGCAGGUCCAGGGAGGGUCCAGAGAGGGAGUGACACCAUGAGUUUACCGCACUGGGUGACACCAACCCUAGUGACGCCUCUGCAUAAGACUCAUGUAGAUUAAUUAUGACUCUUAGAUUUAUUAUGGAACUAAAAUACUUUCAACUUUUCUAUUUUGUUUAUUCAACUUUCUUCUACAACACAUUAUUUAUUUCUAUGUGCUGUGUACUUCUGAACCAGCUAAUUUAUGUUUUGUGAAUUUCUGUACCAGCUAAUUUCUAUGUGCUAUGAAAUUUUAUAUCAGCUAAUUUCUUUGUAUUGGGAAACAGAUGAAGCCCAGACUUGGGUGGUAGUCUUCCCCUGGGAGCGCAUGCAGGAGCUGCACGAGACCGGAGUUGUGCUGUUCAUGACGAGUAACUCAGUAGAAGAGAAGAUAACUCUCAAAUUCCGACAGUCAUCGGGCUACAUCUUUAUCCAGACAGACAAACCCAUCUACACACCACGGCAGACUGGUAAUCAUUGUCUGAAAUCACAAAUAAUAACUCUCAAGGCAUGUAUGUGUUUGAUAGGUGCGCCAAAUAAAGUUCCCAGAAGUCAGCACUAAUUGGGGAUCUUAUGCAGUGUGUUACUUGAAUGUAUUUUUGUCAAGUAAUCUUAGUAAAUGGGAAGUUUGCCCAUUACCUCCUCCAUUGUUUGGUGGGUUAAAUGAAGUACUGUAAUCAAUGUUAAAAUUUAAGAUGAAAAAUACUUAAAUAAUGAUAAAGCUUAUAAGAUAACACAUAAUUAAAUUAUGAUAAAGCUUUUAAGAUGACAAAUAAUUAAAUAGUGAUCAAUCUUUUAUUCUGUUGUUUUUUUUUGGUUUAAAAAAAAAAUUAAAAUAGACUUCACAUUAUUUCAGUCAAGUUCCGGGUCAUAGCUGUGGAUGAGUAUCAAAAGCUGUCAAAAUAUCAUCUUAAAGUUGACAUACGGGUUAGUUAAGAUGUUAAACACAAUUUUAAAACUUGUCACCACUGACCACUGAAAUAUUUUAGUGACAAAAUUGAUAUGUUUCAUAUUGCUAAUAAUUGUCAAUUAAGCUUCAUAUUUUAAAGUGUCAGUUAAUAAGUUUCAUAUUUUAAGGUGUCAAAUAGUUAAUUUUUAGAUUGCUUUAAUUAUUAAGUCCUUAAGUUGCUGGGUGGCCGAGCGGUCUAAACUGUCUCAAACGAAAUAGCUGGUGGUCUGGAGUUCAAUCCCCACCAAAGCCAUCCCAAGCAACCCGGGUGGAUGGGACUCGUUAGCCUUGGACGGCAACCUGUCUAAGAGAAGGCAAACUCUGAAUUUAAAACUAGGAGCCAGAAUGAUCAACAAAUUGAUCGUGGGCACCUCGAAUAUAAGAAGAAAUAUGAACCUCAACCAUGUUUCAUUACAUCAGUUCUUUUCUACACUUUGAAACAGAACAGUCAAAAUGUGACAGUGGACAGACUGAGGUACUCAGCUGAUGAAGCUUUCAAAAGUCAAGAUUUUGAACUACCCAAAGACACACCUCCCGGAAUAUGGCACAUAUUUGCCAACUUUGAAGGACUGGUAAGAACUGGUUUGAUCAAAUUAUUUAGUUAUCGGUGUAUAUUUUACAAUACAGAAAUUUAUUGCUUAAAACCAAAUAUGACAACCAAUCACAAAACCCUAAUGUAUUUUUGGCCAAAUAACUUUUAAUAAAUAAAUAAAUAUAUUAGUGUUAAACAUGUCAAAUUAUGUAAAUAAGACAUGAUGUUAAAGAGCAGAGUGCUAACUUGGGAUACUUGCACCUUGGGGUGAGAGGUGGCAUUUCAGGGGUGGUGGCACAGUGGUAUUUUGGUGGAAAAGGUGAUAUUCCAGGGGGUGCAAGGGGGUAUUUCAGGGGGUUCAAAGUGGCAUAUCAGGGCUGUGAGGUUGUAUUUUGGGUGGGGGGGCAUGGUAUAUCAAGGGUUGUGAGGUGGUAUUUUGUGAAGGAGGGUGGAGACAUGGUAUUUCAGGCGUUGUGAUUUUUGUAUUUCAGGGUAGGUGAAGAAGCAUCAGUAUAAAAAUUGAGAACUUUAUGAUAUAAAUUUUAAUAUCUUAAUGUUUUUAUUUUAUACUUGAUGCAAUUUUUUUGUGUGCUCCCUUUUUAAUUCAAUUUAAAAAAUUAGAAAUCAAAUUUAUUUUUUCCGAUUUAAAAAAUGCAUUUGCUACUUUAGAAGAGGGUGCAGACCUAGUGAAACAAGACUUAGAGGUGCAGAAUAUAGAAAAGGUGGGGAAACCUCGAGUGAAAGCAUGCUUACUGAUUUAAAAUUGUUCAUUACCAAUGGCACAAUAUUAUUUUUGUUACUACUAACCACAGGACAACUCUUUCAGUGCGGCUUAUAAUGUUUCCUUUGAGGUCAGAGAAUAUGGUAAGCAUAAAUCUAUUUAUUUAAAUCUAAUUGAUUCAUUUAGAAUGCAGAAUUAUUUCAGAGAUUUACAUAAAUAAAAUUUUGUGGAAUAAUAAGCAACGUUUCAGAUGUUGUGACAUGUUAUCAUAAUUUUAAUGUAAAUUCAUUUCAAAGAGAAAAACAGUAAAUAUUUUCAGUUUUUUUUUUCACUUUCUCAGUUUUUUGAUCAUCAACAUAAUGAUGUUAGAUGGUCACACAAAUAAAUUUUGCUGUGGAACUUUUGGGAGUAAUGCUUUUGUCAAAACAAGACCCAACAAAUAUCUACACAGUGCUGCACAAAUACCAUUCAAUCUGAUAAGUCUUGUGAGCUAACAAAGAGAUGUUUUGUAUUCUUUUGAUAACCACCCUAAUAUUUUUGUGCACUGUCAGAUGAAUAUUUCCAUUUGAUAUUUUUGUUCCUAAGUUCUGCCCAGAUUUUCUGGCAAGUUUCAAAUCGACACUGAUGUCAUUAGUAGAGAGACACCAUGGUUAACCCUUAAUGUUACCGCCAAGUAAGAAUCUUUUUUUUUGUUUUAAUAAUGUGUGUAUAUAUUAAACUAUACUUGCCAAUAUUUAUUCAUUUUUUGUAUUACUAAUUUUUUUUUAAACUGUUAUUCAGUCAAACCCCUUUUUCCACAAACACCAAUGUUCAUCUUUAAUAGACCAAUCAGCAAUAAGCUUCAGACUGGUUCAGUCUUAUCCUACCUAAAACAAGAGCUGAAAUUAAGAUGCCAGAUUGAAUAAGUAGAACAUUUUUACUUUGUAUGAGCAGAGGGAAAACACCUAAAUAGUCUUAUACAAAACUUACAAAUCUGAAAUUUUUGACUAGAUGCAAAGUACUUAAAUGAAAGUUCCUACUGGUCUCAUUUUAUUGAGCAAUCAUUUUAUUUCAUGGCACACUUGUUACAGAUAUGUCUAUGGACAGCCAGUGCUUGGCACUGCUGAGAUACAACUUGGAGUUUGGAGCCAAGACAAGGGCAUUAGACCAAUACCUGGAGCAGUCUACAGUGGAAAGGUGAGUUGGUUAAAAAAACUCACAAUUAUCAAACCUUACACUUUCCUAACUGACACAUUCAUACAAAACACCUGCGGCAUCUACAUGCUUUACACCUUCAUAGCUGACACUUUCAUAGUUAGGAUCUGGAUAUAUAAAAACUUCAUAUUUAAAACGUUUAUAAAAUAUAAUGGGCAAUAAAAACUGUAAAAAACAUAAAAUCUCAUCCAUUUGCUCUUUUUUUAUUGGAUCUAAUAAUGAAUUUGAACAAUUUCUGCUCAGCCAAACAGUAAUGUGAAUCAUGAUUUUUAUAAAUUAGUUUUGCCAUAUUUACUAUAGAUCUUUUAAGUAGACAGACCGUCCACUUUUUAGGUCCAAUGGCAUUAAUUAUUUUCUAUUUGUGCUGAAAAAUAUGAUUUAUCAAUUUUAAAAAAUCAUUGCUUUCUCUUAAUAUAAAUAUUCUGCUUGCAUUUCCAGCUGACCAAUGGAUUUUUUAAGACUCAUGUCAAGGUAGUAACUCUAUUUCCUCGCUCAGAACCUUUUCCUCAGAAUCAUCGUCUGUAUGUGAAGGUUGUUGUCACAGAGAGUGCCACUCAGGAAACGUUUACCAUCGAAGAUACAUCAACAUUCAUUACUCAUCCAUAUUACAUUGUGGAUUUCAAGCCGUCGAAACAGCACUUCAAACCUGGUUUUCCUUAUUUACUGCAGGUAAAUGUUAGCUAAGGUAAUUUUUGCUAAAAAAACUCUUUUUUUUUUUACAGAUCCUAAAUCCUUGCUCUCCUUGGGUACUUGAGAUUAUUCUUUAAAAGCCUCUAUCACAGAAAUAAACUAUCCAAAUACUGAACAAAAUGGAGGCACAAGCUUUGGAAAUAUAAUCACAUAAUUUUCUUGUGAAUAAAAAUUUUUCCCCUUGUUAACACUUCAAAAAUACUCUUAAACCAAUUAUUGGGUGACUCUUUGGCACUGUAUUCAAAUGUGUGGACAUCACAAGCUGACAUGGUGGGCUGGAGUCCUAAUCUUUAGAUAGCCAGACAAACAAAUCAGCUCUGUCACUCGGGGUAGACGGGGCUCGUCAACCUUGGAUGGUCUCAUCUAGGAGAAGGCGACUCUGAUUGCAAGCCGCCACUGCGACAGGCUCAGCAAGCCAAAAAGAAGGAAAAACAAAAAAUGUAACACCAAUGUACUGAAAGUUCUCAUGUAUCUCUCGGUAAAAGCAGAUAACUAAUUAGACAACUACAACAAACAACACCACUGUCCAACAGUUUUACUAGGACAUGUUAGCCAGGGGAGAAAAUUGUUUUUAUUUCCACAAAAUAUUUUCUUGUUGACUUAUGUCUCUUUGACUCUUGGCUUUUCUUUUCCAGAUAAACAUCCAUGCUCAGAGUGGACAUCCAGCUUCUUGGGUAGAGCUGGGACUUAAACCUAAAUAUUUUAAUGAUAAUGGAGUGCCCCUAGAAGGUAUAUAUUACAUAAAUAGUGGUUAGCAAACUAUGGCACACAUGACAGAUGUAGCACAGUGUGGGAUUUUCAAGACUUACGGAAAACAAACAAAAAAUAAUAGUAAAUGAUUUUUUAGGCAUGAACGUGGACCUACAGGUUGUUGGAAGGCAGAAUGAAUUAGAAAUCUCACUUUGGCACAAUAAUACCAAAAUGUUGCUAAUCCUUGAUAGAUAAGUUAUAUUGAGCAGUGCCAGCUGCAAUAAAAUUUUGAGUUAUUAUUCUAAACAAUAACUUAAUCACAGGCAGUGUAAAGUGAAUGAUGUGUUUUUUAGCUCCUGUCUCAUAUGACAUACAUUUUAUAUGUGAUAAAGUUGUGUUUUUUUUUUCUAUUUCAGAUAUCCAAACCAGACAUAUUCAUCUAAAGCUUGACGCGUCUGGUGUUGUUGUGCGGGAAUUUAACAUGCCAAUUAAUGCUUACAGAGUUGAAUUUCAAGUGAGUUAAACUUGCAGAAAUUUGGUGGCAUAUUCAUCUAAAGCUUGACGCGUCUGGUGUUGUUGUGCGGGAAUUUAACAUGCCAAUUAAUGCUUACAGAGUUGAAUUUCAAGUGAGUUAAACUUGCAGAAAUUUGGUGGCAUGGUAACGUGCCAGAUAUUGCUCUCAGAGUAAUUUAGUGUAAGAAUAACUUGCCAGUUAAUACUUUCAAGAGUAAUUUAGUGUAAGUUUAACAUAUCAGAUUAUUCUGAUAAUGUUGCAUUUUGAGUAUUUUAUAUUUAGUGUCGGAAUCAUUCUAGCUACUUUGCUCUGAGAUAAUCCUUAAAUAGGAAGAAUUGCCAAUUGAAGGCAUUAUUAUAUUAACUUGAGGAAAAAAAAUUUAAAUAUUUUACAAAACCUUUGAAUUUAAAAAAAAAUAAAAUAUCAAGUAAAAGAACCUAAAAAAUAAUAUUUUUUUUAAUUCAAUAACAAUACUUUGUUAUAAAACUGUAGGGGUGGGUGGGUGGGGGGAAUGGUUUGAGUCUUCCUAUGCCAGUAUAUUGUAUGAUGUACAUUUUUUCCCUAAGUACAAUACACAUAAUAAAUAUUUACUCAAACAGUUUUCCAAUUUUUCUCUGUAAACAGGUUGUAAUUGUAGAUUUUCAGAGGAUGGGAGACAAUGAGUUCAAAUUUAACACCCUCAGAUUUCCUUCGCCCCGGAAUGAAUACAUUCACAUCUCUCUGCCAACCCCAGUAACGGUAAAUACUAUUUUAUUCAACAAAUUUACAUCUCUCCGCCAGAGCCACUAAUGGUUAAUAGAAUUUUAUUCAAAGUACAUUAAAAAAUUUCUGCCAAGGUAAAUAAUACUUAACUGUUUCAAUUCUCUCUUACUGGUUUUAUUGACAUUGACAAUUAGUGUCUCACAACUCAGUAAUAAGAUCUCAUUUGCCUAAAUUUAUUUUCACACUUACUGGUUAUUUUUCAACUCUGAUAUCCAUCAAAUAUCAACAGUUUGUCUGAUUUAAAAUUGAUCCCUCACAAGUAGGUCACCAAUCCCUGCAACUUAGAUUUAAUUACACAUGCCCCUAGGGGCAACAUGAAAUCUACAUUGAGUGCAUGUUGGUUUAAUAGUUUUGUCUGUCCUAGAAAAGAAAAGAUGGGAUCAUCUUACUGAGGUACACGGCACCCACAGGACCAGUCAAAGACAAAAUCACAAUCACUGUAAGUUAACAUUUUAUAUUAAAAUUUUAAUGUAUACGAAUCCCAUUUAUAUCUAUCACAAUAAAAAUAAAACUCUAUAGGCUAUAUACAGUUUAUAACUUAACAAAUAAAUAUUUGUAACUGAUUUCAUUCUUCAGAAGUUACCCUCUAUUUUUUUUAUUUCAUCCUUGUUACUGCAGAUCUUGUCUAAAGGCCAUGUGAUCUUCACAGCCAAAAAUAUUAACCGAAAUGCAGAUGGGCGCACCACUGUACACCUACCCUAUCGCCUAUACCCUGAGGUCACACCCAGUAUGAGGAUUGUAGCAUUCUAUUCUACCCUGGAUUCUGAAGUCGUGAUCGACUCCUUGUUUGUAAACACCCCUGAUUAUUGUUAUGAAGAGGUUGGUUUGUUUAUAUGUUAGCAUAAUGUAAUGACUACGUCAAAGAUGCAUUUGUUUAUUUCUUUUUUUUUUUGUCUGUAAUUCUUUAAAUGAAAAACUAUUACCCUUAUGCAAUUGAGUGAUGUUUUAUAAAGAAAGAUUAACAUUUAAUUUUAAAAAAUUGUCUUUGUAAAGUAUUUAUUAUUCUCUGAUAUCAUUUUUCAAAGCAAUUCAACUAUUUAUAAUGCAGUAAUUAUGUUAGAUGUAGAACAAAGUAAACAAUGGGAAAAUAGAGUAUUAAAAAAGUCAUUGCAGUUUGGGAUGUUUCAAAAUUUGCAGUGCCUUCAAAAAAAAAAAUUAAAAAUUAAAAGUCAAUUUAUCUUUUUAUGGGCAUGUUAAAAAAUAUCUUUUAAAAAAAUUAAAUAUUUAUUCCAUUUCAUUUUUUUUUUAAAAAUUUAAUUGUCAAAAUACUAGGUUUUUUUUAGUAAAAAACACUUAUAUGAAUUUAAAAUUAUAUUGAAAAAUAAUACCUUACCCUUUUUAAAGGUGCAUUUUAAUUUUUACUGGAUGUGACGGGCAAUGAGGCCCAAUAUGUCUUAACCAUGACUUAACUUAAAACAUAUGCUGUUGACACUUAUUUUUACAAUUAUAAAACCAUAAGUAAAAUUAGCGGGGAUGUUAUCAUUAUAUUAUAGCAUAAUUCCAGAGUGGAUGUUGUCCACCCCAAUCACACACCGUAAAGCGCUCUCAUUCCCCCCCCCCCUCUCAUAUGCACAAAAUGCACACAAAACAACACACUCUCCAAUAAGGGUGGGUGCCUGCCAUUUCUGGUUUUUUUGGUAAGAAAAAACCCAUUUAUCCAACCCAUCACAGAACACGUUUCACUUAUCCAACCAAUCACAGAACACGUUUCACUUAUCCACCCCAAUCACACACCGUAAAGCGCUCUCAUUCCCCCCCCCCCUCUCAUAUGCACGAAAUGCACACAAAAGAACACACUCUCCAAUAAGAGUGGGUGCCUGCCAUUGCUGGUUUUUUGACACAAUUUUACUCUGCUCACAGUGCAAAAAACUGUAGUAGAGUGGUGAGGAGAUAGCUGAGUUUGAUAUAAUAUAUAUAUAUAUAUAGAAUAUAUGGGUUUACAAACUCAAUGAGGUCUUGAUGACUAUAGCCUUUAUUUGGUUUAUCAGUAUUUUAUAAACAGGAGUGGUAAAGAAAAUCUUUGGAAAACCUUUGACAAAAAUGGGCUGAUAAUAAUGUUUGAUUAUAAAAGAAAUCGCGUAGCAGUGUUUCAUUUUCGGCACGUACACUGUCUAAUAUUCAGAAUUGAUGUGAGGGCUAGCAUACAUGUCUAGAAAUUUUGACUGUACUGUCAACCAUGUAUGAUGUUUAUAUAAGAUGCAGCCAUAGCAGGAAAGUUGCUAUAAUGUUUUAUAGUAUAACAGCUAUUAGUUUGAUACUUGUCUUAUUAAUCAAUCCCUGUGUCUUAUUGGACAAAAGCACAUUGCAGAAUUUAUUUAUUUAUUAUUUAACACGGAUGGUAAUAUUAUCCUAACACAUGCACCAUUCCUUAUGUAAGAAUGUAGCACAAUAGCUAGCCUACUACACAUAUUUGACAUAUAUUGGCUGGUUGGAAACUUUUGUAUCAAUCACUUAUAAGCACAUUGCAGUAUGUGUAACCAGAAGGAUAUAGCGGUUUGUGUUAUGCUAACGUAUACACUGGUAUCUAAUUCCAUGUAAGAAUUCAGUGGUCGUCUGUAUUUUCAAACAUCACAAUAUCAUAGAUGCAAGUCACGUUGAUGGAACUAACAAGUGAUUUAAGCACUGCCUAAUAUAAGUAAUGAACAGAAAUCCUCCAUUACUAAAACCUGACAAUUGCAUUCUACAAAAACAAACUAUAAAGGCGAAUUUGCGUAUACUUAUAAAGCAUCCAAAUUUGCCAGUGAACAAUGGGACACUUUAGGGAUGUGAUUGCAACUUUGAAUGCCAAAACACAUUGGCACGCUCACUAUAAAUAGGGUAUCUCGAACAUCCCAGAGAGCUACUACAUAAAACAUUAACCAGUCCUGUCUAUUACUGGACUCCUGACAGAUUUACUGUGGUAAAUGAGAAUCUAUAGAGACUCCAACCAGAUUUCAAAGAUGUAGACUUGCAAAUAUACUAAGGUAUAGAGAAUAAAAUCCCCUUUCCAACUAGAUAUAAUUCAUAGUAAAUUACCCUAGGGUUUCAGAGAAAUAAAUUAUUGAACUUAUACAAAAUGCACACAUAAUGGUUACCUAUCUUUAAGUGUUUUAAGUGGUGGAGGAGUAGCAAUUUAUGUCAUGUUGUGAUAACCUAACCCACAGGUCAAAUUCCAUGACAGCGUUGGGUGGUGAAUGCUCUGUUUUUGGAACAGUGUGGCCUACAGCGCCACAUUUAUUUAUGCAUACAUUUCUAAAAGGUAUUUAGUAAACUAUUAGGGCUAUAAAGAGUGGAUAGAACUAAGCAUUGGUGGAUAUCUGGAGCACCAUUUGGAUUUGUUAUUAUAGAUUAUUCCCCCUCUUCCUGUAUUUUACAUGUGCCACAUGGUUGCAUUGCCCCACGAAGAUGUAGAAUAUUGUUUUACGCUAGAAAAUGUUGUACAUUCAAAAACCUGACUACUAUCAAGUUUUUUUAUUUUUCUGCAUCCUUAAAUAGUUAGGCCUCUUCAAAGCUGGAGGUCUAUCCAAUGCCCCUCUCAGGCCAAAAGACACUUUCAACAUGCACGUCUCUGGUGGACCUAGCAUGAGAGUUGGCUUUGUAGCUGUGGACAAGUCUGUCUAUUUGUUGAAUGAUAAACAAACUCUGAAUCGUCAAGUGGUAAAGAUGAAUAAUUUUUUUUAUUAUUAGUUUUUUAAAAUAAAUCUUUAAAAAAAAAUUAAGUCAGUGUUAAGUUGUUUAAAGAAACUGGUACAGGAAAAUCAAACACAUUUUACAAUAACAUAGACUUCAAUAUUGUGCAUGGUGUAAGUAAUAUAUAGACUGGAAUAACAAAUGUUAAUGUAAUCAACUUUGACACAAUCUCUAUUUAUGAUGUCUCCAUGAGGUCAUCUAGAUUUAUAUCAACUAUUGAUAUCACAUUUUGUGACCGCAAUCCAACCUGGGUCAACUUGGAAAACAGACUAAAAACAGGGCUGAAUUGAUAUUACAUUUUGUGACUGCAGUCCAACCUGGGUCAACUUGGAAAACAGACUGAAAACAGGGCUGAAUUGAUAUUACAUUUUGUGACUGCAGUCCAACCUGGAUCAACUUGGAAAACAGACUGAAAACUGGGCUGAAUUGAUAUUACAUAUUGUGACUGCUGUCCAAACUGCGUCAACUUGGAAAACAGACUGAAAACUGGGCUGAAUUGAUAUUACAUUUUGUGACUGCAGUCCAAACUGGGUCAACUUGGAAACAAGACUGAAAACAGCACCGAAUAAAACCAAAACUUAAUUACCGUAUUUAUCGGCGUAUAACACCACACUUUUUCUCCCUGAAAAUAGGGAGCAAAUGAUGUGUGCGUGUUAUACGCUGAUAUAAUGUUAAGUUUUUUUUUCCUGAAAUUUCCUUCUUAAAAUGAGCUGCGUGUUAUACGCAGGUGCGUGUUAUACUCCGAUAAAUACAGUAUCUGGUAAGGUUAUUUUUAAAAAAGGUGUUCAACAUUAAUCUGAUUUAAAGGCUGUACUCUAUGUUGACAAGCUCGGUAACUUUGAGAAGUUUAAAGAACAAAGACUGUUUCAUUAUUCGUUACAGCUUUUCAGACAGCUUGACAGCCAUGAUCAAGGCAAAGAUGGUGGAGAUGGCCAAGAUUACAAGACAAUACUUGAGGUAUGUAUUUUUGUAUUUAAUGUAUUUAAUACUGGAGGUAUGUAUUUAAUACUUUAAGUAGUUAUUUGAUACUUCUGCUAUGCAUUGUCAAUAGAGAAAAGUGUAAAUUUUUUCAAUAAAUAAAAUAUUUCAAAUGUUAAGUUAAUUGAAGAAUUGAAUUAUUGAAAUUUAAAAACUUAGGAAAAAAGUUCAGUUUCAUGUAACCAAUGAAUAAAAAGUUUCUUUUUUUUAAUUUAAAAUUAUUUUUUUAUGAUCUGGUAGAACUCUGGCCUUCACCACAUGGUUGUGGACAACAAAGAGAUCCCAAUGGAAGGACGCCUUGAUGAACCUUUGUUUAGCCAUGUUGUAGGCUUAGAAGGAAAAUCCAUGAAUACAAAUGGAUUUUCACGUAAGUUAUCAAAAUUUGACAAGUAUUCUUUAAAGCGCAUUUCUCUAAUUCCAGGACUUUAUGUUAAGAAUACAUCACUCAAAUUAAAAUAUGUCACAUUUGAUCUUUAUUGGCGGUGACUAAUAGUGAGGUCCUAAAGCAUGCGAAUACCCAAAGCAUGUUCACAAUCCUUAGUGAAAAACGCCUGAGAUGGCUAGGUCAUGUUAAAAGAAUGAGUCCCGGCCGCAUUCCGAAAGACCUCCUAUAUGGUGAACUUGCUUCGGGAAAGAGGAAAACAGGUCGCCCACGUCUGCGAUUUAAAGAUGUCUGUCAAAGGGACAUGAAAGCAGCCAAAAUACAUACAAGUGACUGGGAGUGUAAGGCAAAAGACCGAUCUACGUGGCGCACAGUUGUCAAAGAGGGCGUCAUGGUAGCCGAGGAGCGAAGAAUGGAAGAGGCUACAGACAGAAGAGCUAGGAGAAAGGCCAAAACAUUUAGAAGCACGGAACUCGUGUGUAAAAACUGUGGUAAAGACUGUCACUCAAGGAUCGGACUGCACAGCCACUCGAGAAAAUGCAACCCAACCCAACGGUGAUGCACCAUCGUCUCACGAGACGGAAGGAUGCCGAUUCACAUUUGAUCAAACCAUCAUUGUUUCCUUGUGUGCAGAUUUAACAUGUAUAAUAAAAUAAUUUUUUAUAUUUUUAAGAUGAGCUUUUUAUUUUUUGAAGUGAAAUAUUAUGGCUUAUAGUCUUUGUUCAGCGCAUAAAAUAGAAAGAAUUAUACAGUAAAUAUUAAAUGCUAAGAAAUUCCGGUCAGAUUUACAGAAAGGGUAUUCAAAAAUACAGCUACAUUAUGUGUUAUUGCAUUUCAGUUGAUCAUUCAUUUUUUCCCCCCAGCUAUGUUAGAUGAAGACCUUCCCACCUAUGCUCAGCCUCAGACAGUUAGAAAUUAUUUUCCAGAGUCCUGGUUGUUUGAGGAGCAAGUUUUGACAAGGUGGGCCACAUGCACAACAUAUUCACAAUAAAGAAUGCAUAUUUUAGGCUAAGCUUGGUGUGGUAAUAUGACUAUUUUUGUUUGUUUUUAUUGGUGGGGUUAAAUAUAUAUAUAUAUAUUGUUGUUGUUCAUCCGUCAAAAUUGACUAGGACCAUCCAGUCAUCUGGUAAACAAAUGGAUGACUGAUGACUUGCGCUGGUGACUUUGUUUAAAUUGAGGAAGAGUUGCGCAACGUCAACCUCACUCUCUUGUCCAGACCCACAAUGUCCAGUGGCAAGACAAAGUCAAGACGACCGGAGAUGGAUACGGAUGCAGUGUAUGACCAAGAUGUUAUACGUACCUCAUCCUGCUCUACACACUCCACGGUGCAUUGCUGUAAUCGUCAUCUCCUAAAUUGAACCUAAAUGGUCUCCUCCGCAGGAUGUGUUAACGUCCAGGCUUUGCAUGCAGUGGGUAGGCAGUCCUAAAUCACCGAGGGUUUGAGGCCCAUCAGCUACCCUCACCUGGUUUACCCGGCUAAUGGAAGCCGUUGCCCAGGGUAUGGCCACUGUUGUAUGCUAACAGCUGCGGGAUGCACAGAUGAGAGUUGAGUGACAUAAGAGGACCAAGGCGGCCGAAUUGAUUCUAGAAGCAUGUUUUCCCCCAUCAGGAGUAUGACCCCUUCCUGUACACACCCUUAUAAGAAGGAAUAGUCUUUAGUAUAUUUUCCACUUAAAUGACUAUUUCCUACAACUAAUUUUUGUUGAAAUUAAGAUUCCUUCCUUUUGUGUUUUAUUAUACCGCCAUCAUGUUGUAGCCGGAAGUUAUCCUUUGUAUAGUGAUAGUGAUAAUGGAAAUUUUGUUAACAAAAUGUUGUUUAAAGGAAAAUUACGUAUCCAAAACAAAGAUUCUGAUCCUGUCGUUAUUCUUAAGGAUAUAUGCCACAGAAAGGACUAUUUCGAUCAAUAAUUUCUAUUGAAAUCCAUGUUUCCUUCCUAUUGUGCUCUUUUUGUUUUGUUUUUCCGCCAUCUUGUUGCAGCCGGAAGCACUACCCUACCUAAUUGCAGUCUCUCCCCCUUUUUAUCCGUUUGAAUUCAGGUACAUAAUAAAAUGCACCCCAGGCCACUCCCCAGAUCCACUAACAGCACACACGUUUAACUACUUAAAGAACUAAAUCGUACUUCUUUAAAUAACAAGACGCAGACAAGAUCCCAUUUUCCCAUGUUUGUUUUAUAUAUAUAUAAUUAUAUAUAUAUAUAAAGUUCUUCUUCUUCUUUGCCUUUUCAACUCCCAAUGGAGCAUAGGUGAUUGAAAAUUUCUUUCAAAGCCUCCCAGUCUCUUGCUAUCUUCUCUAACUCUUUCCAAUCUUUAUUACAUGCAGGUUAAGUUAAUUUAGCGUAUAUUCACUUGAAAAAAAGGGAUUAAAUUGCACCCUCUCCCCACAAAAUGCACACACUGCAUACCAAAAUUCUAUAAAUAAGCUUUUUUCUUCUUCAGAUAACUCCUCCCAAAAGUGAGAUUUUAAUUCACAGCCAUGAAAGUAAUAAGCAAAAUUUGGUUUAACCAUCAAAAAGGGAGCAUUUAUUGUUUCAGUAGUUUCUCGAUUCCCAAAUCAUUUUAUUUUUUUUCCUGUCAGAGCUGGCAACUUGAACCUUAAUCUGACCCUACCUGACUCCAUCACGACCUGGUCCUUUAUGGCCGUGGGUCUUUCAGCCAACAGGGGGGUCUGUGUGUCCCAGCCUUUAGAACAGCAGGUGAUGAAACUCUUCUUUGCUGAUGUGAGGAUGCCCUACAAGGUGACCAGACUUGAGGAAGUCAAGGUCAAGAUCGCUGUGUACAACUACCAACAGCAAGCACUGGUGGUAAGUGGAACACAACAUUGGUGGCUGUCAUGGGGUUAAACUAAUCAAAUGCUAGAGAUAACCAGCUGUGGAUAUCGGACAUGUUAUAAAACACAAUCGAUUUAUUGAAACAUGUAGGCUACUGAUAAAUGUUACUAUACUUUUUCAAAUAGGUUUUUUUUUUUUAUUCAUUUAGUCAAACCAGUGAAAUGAAUGAAAAAAACCUAGUUUAAUCAAUUUAAUGAAGACUAUAGAUAUAAAUUAAAUAAAAGCUAGCUUAAUUUAUUUAAUUAAACUAAUUUAAUCAAUUUAAUGAAGACUAUAUAGAUAAAUUAAAUAAAAAGCUGGCUCAAUGGAUUUAAUCAAACUAUGAACUUAAUAACAAAUUGAAGAAUAAAUUUAAUAAAACUUUCAGAAUGAAUUUUAUUUUUUAAAAUUAGUUGAAAGAGUUACCUGAAACAAUGAUAAGUGUCUUUGGUCUACAUGACAGGUGACUGGAGUUGUCACAGGGGAUGACAGCUUGUGUAUCUCUGGCAGUUCAUCAAGGGAGAUUAACAACUUAAACAAUCAGAAAAACGUUACCUUUCAUAUGUCUAUACCUUCAGGACAGGCUGCCACUGAAACAGUCAAGGUAACAUUUUGAACACAAACAAUGAAACUUCAGCCUCCACAGUUAAUGAAAUAAGAGUACACAGCCACUUUUGUUAUUUAAAAAAUGUUUUCAAGUUAAGUAUAUAACAAGGGAAAAGUUGCUAUAAGACAACUCCUGUAUGUUUUUUUUACUAAAGGGGUACAUGUUUGAUUAUCACAUGUUUCAUUAUUACACAUAUUUUUGGUACAUCACUUUUUAAAUAGUAUGUUUUCGUUAUUAUUGGUUACAGUAACUUUUAUGUUUGUUACACCUAUGAUGGUGACAUCUCUGUUGUCUAGGUGAUCCCUCUUCAGAAUGGUGAGCUUACUUUACGGGUGGACCUACAAAGUCAAAAUGACAGAGAUGUGGUGGAGAAGAAGCUGUUUGUAAUUGUAAGCAAACACGUUUUUUUAAAAUAUCAUAUUUUUAUGUCCGUUAUAUUAUCCUGAAUUAGUACUAAUGAAUGUCUAAUAUUAUACAAGCUAAAAAAAGUAUUUAAAAAUAAUUAUCCAAGAGAUAUGAUCCAGUAGUAAAACAUAAUAGUUUAACACAUUGAAAAGAGAAAAAAGUUAGCAUUCAUUUUUAAUCACCCAAUUGUAUUAUUUUAAAACAUGUUUGUUCUACAGCAUUAUAGCCUGCUACCAUAAAAAGAAAAUCUAAGAAAAUGGACUUCAAUAAUUUAAUUUUGUGAAUUUUAAAAAAGAAAUUGGAAAACAUUUUUGUUUUAAUUUUUUCUAGUUUUCAAGACCUUACUGUAAUUGAAGAAUUUAGUACACAAAAUAACCAUUUUGAGAUUAUCCAGUUUAAAUUUCUUUUUGUCUAUAAACUUUGAGCAUUCUUAUUCUUAUGCUUGUUUAAAUAAGGGACAUAGGUACAUUUCACUGUGUUCAAAAUUAUGUAGUACACUUGGCUAAACCGGUUUUGAUUGACCUACAAAAAUGCGACUUUAUUAGCAACAGGGUCUUCAUUAUUUUUUGUUUGUUACUGUAUUUCUCACUUAUUUGUGUGGAAUUUAAGUUAAAUGUUAUUAGACUUCCAUAAAUAAAUUAGUAAGAAAGCAAUUUUAAACAAGGGUAAUAAAUCUGCAAAAAUAGUGUCAGAUCAUUUAUGGUUGGCCCUCAAUUCAGAAAUGAUCAGGCUUGAUAUGGAAUGUGCAUUUUGUAAAAAAAAAAAAUAUUGAUUCUACCCUUGCAAAUGUUUGUCUCUGUCAUUGUCUGUUUAGGCUGAAGGCCAAAGAGUAAGGAAGACUAUUACUUUUGUUUUGGACCCUGAAGGCAAACAUGCAAACUUUGCAGCAAAGAAAGGACAUGACGUGUAUCUCUCAAAAUCUGUGACGAUUCAAAGUAAGUUUCUCAUUUAUGGGUUUCUAAAUUUGCUUCUCUUGUUACAUUUGAAUACCAUAAGUACUGGGGGCUUAUUGGAAUUGAAGAUUUUAAAAAAAAAAUAUAUGGGGAGGGUUCCAAAAUGAUAUGCAUGAAAUAAAAAAAAUUAAAAAUUAAAAGGGAUUUGAAAACAGAAGAAAAAUUUAAAACAUUUUAAUGAUUGAAAACAAGGAACACUUGUGACAUUUUAUAUUAAUUUAAAUGUAAUAAAUAUUUUAAAAAAUUUUACUUCCAAUAUUAGGCUUGGUCAUUCACAAAGUAUAAGCCUAAAAAUGUAAUUAAUAAAAUUGAAAUCUUCACCACUAGAUAUGAUAGAUUUACAAAAUAAGCAGCAGCAUACAAGAAUUGACAUGGCACUGCCUAAAGAGUUGAUCAAGGGAACUGAAUUCUGUCGGAUUUCAGCAUUUGGUUAGUUUUUUAAAAAUUAUUAAAGGCAUCCUUUAGUAUUCCAAUUUUUCACUAUGCAAUCAAUCAGACAAAUUAUAAUACAAUUUAGAAGCUUAUUUUUUUAUUUACUUUUAUGUAUUUACUUUUUUUUUAUCUGGUCUUCAAUUAAUUUUGAACCAUAUAAAAAUUUUGAUAGCUAAUUGCAUCAAAAUGUAAGUUUUUUAACCUAUUCGCACUUAUUCUUUUAGGUGACUUAAUGGGGGACAUUAUAACCCAUGCUGUUGUCCGGUCUAAGAGCCUCAUUGACCAGCCUCUCCUUAAUGCCGAAGAAGUCCUUGGUGACCUGGGUCCUACUGUUCAUGCUCUGCUGUAUGUCAACCAAACUGGACUCAUGGAUGAUGAACUCAGAGAGAAGGGCCGCCGGUUUGUUAGGCAUGGUAACUCAGCUGUUUAUAUCAUUCUUAAUAUUUACAACAUCUCUGCUUUGUUUAGCGGAAAUCUUUAUUAUAUAAAAUAUCUUCACAUGUUCUUUCAUAUUAUACUAUAGCCUAAUAAUCUAGCUUAUAAAUUACUUUUGCCUGGCCCGAUAAUUCAGUGGGUAAAACUCAAUAUUUUUUUUAAAAAAUGGUUUGUGUCCAAGGACUUUAGUUGGUUCACCUGUGCACUUUACAUUAUAUUUAUUCAGUAAAUUUUGGAAGUACAUUUGAAAAGAUUACUUAGAUUUUGUAAUUUAACCCCUUUUUUGAAACAUGAUCCUAACGUAAAAAAAAAAAAAAUAUCUUGUGUGAGAUAAUUCACCAUUAGUUCUGCUUUACUUUUUUUGGGGUCUGUUUUCUGUUAACCAGGAGUUUCUAGGCUGCUCAAGUACAAGAAAGAAAAGGCUUUCAUUCUCACACCUGAUGCAAAAGAAGCAACAUGGUAGGUUAGUGAUUUAAAAGUCAACCAUUUCAUGUGAAAUUAUUCUCAUUUCUCACUUACAUAAUUUAACAAAGUAAUGAAAUGGCAACAUAGACCAGAAAAUAAUAUUGGAACAGCAAAGCUUAUUAGCAUUAUUAUAAUUGCACUAAAUAAAAUUAAUAUUUUAAAAAAGGAAUAUUAUUAUGUGCAGACAUUUAAAAUAACAGCAUGUUUUAGAGUUGACCUAUUUUGUUUUCAAUAAGGAAGUUUUCCCCCAAUUUACUCCCCUAGGUUUCCCAUAGAUCACUCACCCAAGUUUUCCCUCCACAAACACAAUCUCAUUUCCCUUGAUUGUUAGGCUAUAACUUUGUUUGAAGAACCCACCACAGUUUUCAGAUUAACUACACAGAUGCUUAAGUUGAUGUAUCAAUGUCAUAUAAAACAUCCUUGACAUAAUGUAUCAAUGGAGCAGAUGAGUGAACCAGCUACCCUUGUGGGGUCAUAUGACAACAUUGUAUAGCUGGCAUAAAAAGCCCUUUCAACACAUUAGUGUCAGACUAAAUAAACUUUCUGGCCUUCCGUAACUACCGUCUAGAAAUGCAGAGGUCUGUCUUCUGGAUGUAGGCACUCUUGUAAUGUAUGAUUAAAUCUAAAAAAAACGAGCAAUAUGAAACAAAAGCGUUAAUCAUUUUAUAAUUUUUUAAGCUCACUACAUUUGUGUUUGAUUAUUUCUUAGGCUUACUACACUGGUGUUGAAGACACUGUGUCACUCAUCAUUACUGACAUUCAUUGAUAAAGAAAACUUGAUUGAUGAAGGCUUUCUUUGGCUCCAGAGUCAAACAAAUGUCAUGGGAGUAAUUAAAGAGCAAGACUGGAGAUUAGCACAGGUCAUUAUAUUUAAUAUGUAUGUUCAUGAUUUUUUUUUUUUUGAAGCUUAUGUCAAAUGAAAUGUAAAACAAGAAUUUAGUGUUGAGAAUUUUUUUUCAAAACCUGAGUGAAAUACACUGUUUACUUCAAAAUGAAACUGAUAAACAAUCGUACGAUUGAUUCAAUUUCACAUUUUCAUUUCUUUUUUUUAAAUUGGAAAAAUGAAACAAAAUAAUUGAAAAUUUAACGAUUAUUUAUCAGUUUCAUUAGUGAAGUGAACAGUUAGUUUUAUGUUCACAUGUGCAAAUAUUUUUUUUGGUGCAAAUUUUGAAGAAAAAAAAAGUUAUUUUUAAUUUUGCCCUAACUUGCCAGCUGUUUUUUUUCCAUUAGGACUCUGCUGAGUAUCGGAUAAUGCUGUCUGCCGAGGUCCUUAUUGCCUUAAAAGAAUGUGACAGAACACAGAAGGUGAGAUAUGAAAUUUACCAGGCAUCUAUAACUCUUAUCUUUUCCUUCUAUUCCACUCUUAAUGUAGUUGUUAGUUUCUUAUUAUGAUCUGGUAGUCGACUCAAAACAACUUAAUCAAGGAAAUAGUUAAUUAUGGUAUGUUAAGACAAGACGAGAAACAGAAAACUGUUCAAAAAUUUAAGUGUGUAGAGUUCACUGUGUUGGAGAGGAAUGCUAUAUUAUUGCCUGAAGUUAGAUUGAACAACUACAAGCAAUGGUCCUGUCUUUUCAUUUUCAAGCUUCAACAUACCUUAUUUCACUAUUUUUUUCAUACUGUCCUUCACUUACUAUCCUACUAAAUCCAGUAGUUUGAUAAAUAAACAGAAAUAGUUAUCCUUACUGAACAACUGGGGGGGGGGGGGUUUCAAAGUGGUCAAAUAAUAUAUUUUAAACUAUGUUUUUUGUUAAAGCUUGACCACCAGAAUCUGAUAGGGCUACUGGGCAUCUACCUGGAGGAUAGCCUGGAAAACAUCACCCUCCCGCUUGUGCUGGCCAAGGCAGCGUACGCGCUGAAACUGUUUGAUGCCGAGGGGGAUGUCUUUCAGACAGCCAAAGAUAGAUUAAAUCAAGCCAAGUUGAGGGACAAAAUAGGUAAAAAAAAAUACUUACACAAACGCUCUGAGUGUGCUAUUGUUUGUGUUUAGACAAAAGUAACGAAGAAUGUGUUGGCUAUCAAUUUUAUAUAGAAUGCUAUGCAACCUUUAAAUGUCCCACUUAGAAGAUCAAAAUUUGCAAGUGUUAAGCAUUGUCAUAUUAUUCUCAAAUUGAAUUUUAUGAUUUUUCUUUCAUUUUUGGGGGGGUUAAAUAACAAUUACUGGUUAUAAAAAAAAAAACUUUUUUUAUAUUUUUGGUUAGAUCAUUGAUUCAAUUUGGAUAUAGAAAUGACUUGAUGAUGAUUACAUCAUCAGGGGCUCUACAGGCUCGAGUUUGUUAAAAGCUAGAUUUGAGAAUCCAUUACCAAGCAAACCACCAAAUAAAAAUGUCGUCCUUAAAAAGUGGGCUUGAAGAGUUUUAAAUUCCAUCAUUGUUAGCAUGACAAUUUUCAUGUUUUCUUUUUCAAAUAGGCCACUUCUACUGGGCUGAUACCAAGGAGUUAGACUACAGAAACAAAGUUCCAUACUGGUACCGUGAGGGGGCCCAAGCUUCUUCCAUUGAGGCCACAUCUUAUGCGCUGCUUGUGUUUUUGGAUAAUGAAGAAGUGAAUGUAGAUGCUAUUGCCGAUUGGCUGAUUUCACAGAGGAAUCAAAAUGGUGCUUUCAUAGGAGCCCUGGUAAUGUAAAAGGACAGUCUCGUAUUUAGUUUUUAUGGGAUUUUAAAUUAAUGUGCAAUUCUAAUUGAUGUUAACUGAAUUAAUUCUACUUCAUAUAAAGUGUUCCACUGUCUUGUUAUAAUCCCAAUUUAUUUUUAUCAUGAGCAUUCUUUAUUUUAUUUUAUUUGUGCCAUUCCCAUAGCUAGCACAUUUGACAGGAAAUAUAUAUAUAUAUUUUUUUCUCAUUACAGGACAGCACAGUGGCCAUUCAGGCACUUACUAAAUAUGGGUUGAUGAAACAUGAACUGGAUGGUCUGACAGUGAACCUGAAUUGUAACAUCAGCUCUGACAGGGCAAGACAUUACUCCCGUUUCAUCAAGUUUACUGAAGAAAAUGCUAUGAGGCCUGAAUCUCUCAACAAUGUAAGCCGCUAACACACAACUACUAUUUCUGAGCCAAUAGAAUCUCACAACAAUGUAAGCCACUACAUAGAACUGUUAUUCCUCAGCCAAUAGAAUCUCACAACAAUGUAAGCCACUUACACAGAACUGUUAUUUCUUAGCCAAUAGAAUCUCACAACAAUGUAAGCCACUAACACUGAACUACUAUUUCUUAGCCAAUAGAAUCUUGCAAAAAUGUCAACAGUUAACACAGAACUACCUUUUUUUGAGCAAUAGAAUUUUAAGGUCAAUAAAACAUAGAUGAAUUAACUACUCUGGAAUCUUGAUUUUUUUUUUUCAAAUUUAUUUCUGUUUUAUAAACAAAAGAAAUGAUGCCUAAAUAACAGAAAUUAACUUCUUUGAAAAAUUUGCACUGACUUGACAAUAAAAAAAAGAAUUCAGGAAAUACUCAUCUCAUGAUUUACUGUCAAAAAUAUUAAUAUUUUCACUACUAGCAAAUUUUAUUUUACUUUUCUAAUUAAGUAAACUAUAUUAUUAUGCACUGCCAACACUUUUUAUUGACUAUUGAAAAACUCUAGCUCAAAAAUGAGAAUAUCUAUAAAAAAAAAUUUAAAGAGCAAGUGUAAUGAUGAAGAUAAAAUUAUGUAGUAAUACAAAAUUUAUUUUUACAAUAUUUCUAGAUUCUCUGAGUAACAGAAGCUAUUUAGGACUGUAGUUAAUAAAGACAUUUGCAAAAAUUUAUAGUUCAUGCUUAUUUACUGUUGAAAUAACCGCAAGCAUUGUGAAGUACUGGCUAAAAGUUUACACAAUAAUGAAACCAAUGAAAUAUUAAUGUCAUUUAAAUUUAAUCAAUAGAUUUUUUUUUACUGAUUAUGCAGGUUCCAGUGGGAAAGCUUUUGGAAGUUGUGACUGAAGGUCAAGGUCUGGGUCAGAUGCAAGUGAAUGUGGAAUACAACAUUCCCUUAGAGAAAAACAAGAACUGUAUGUUCAAUGCUAAGGUGGAGGUCAAGCUGACACAAAUUAGCAUUGGGAAUGAGUAAGGACUUUUUUGCUCUAAACAUUUGGUAAAAGACAAUGGUGACAGUAGAACAUUUGGUAUAAGUAAUGGUGACAGUAGAACAUCUGGUAUAAGACAAUGGUGACAGUAGAACAUUUGGUAUAAGUCAAUGGUGACAGUAGAACAUCUGGUAUAAGACAGGAGUGACAGUAGAACAUUUGGUAUAAGACAGUUGUGACAGUAGAACAUUUGGUAUAAGACAGUGGUGACAGUAGAACAUUUGCUAUAAGUUAAGGGUGACAGUAGAACAUCUGGUAUAAGACAGUGGUGACAGAAGAACAUUUGGUAUAAGACAGUUGUGACAGUAGAACAUUUGGUAUAAGACAGUGGUGACGGUAAAACAUUUGGUAUAAGACAGUAGAUGCCCAUUUUAGCUUGGGGUGUGAGGGUGGAAAGAAAUAAUAGCAUUUCAUGGGUUAGUCCAAUGGUCGGCAAACUCAUUAGUCAAAAGAGCCAAAAAUCAGCAGCAGGAUAAUUUAAAAAAUUUUGCGAGCCAAAUUUCUCUCCAAGAACCUGUCAAGAACCAUGGUUUUUGGAGUCAACACUGAUUUGUGAUUUGUAGAUUUAAUCCAAUCCAAAAUUUGGUCAAAUUAAUAAAAAUGACAAAAAUCAAUUUCUCCAGAUAUCAACAGAACUUGUUUAAAUCUCUUAAUUUCAUUGUGAUAAUUUUUUUUAUUGUUUGUCCUUCAUAUGUGAAGAUGACCAGGGCAAUUUUUGACUUGAGUAGUAGCCUUGACUUGAGCUGUAUUUGUUUUAAAAGAGGGAGAGCUGUUCAAUUUUUCAGCCUUUCUCUCUCAUCCUUUUCUAUCUGAUCCAAUGACAAGACUUAGUCAAGAUGACUAGAAAUAGACUAGUCUAGGAUGCAGUAUAUUUUUGUGAGUUUCACUGUUCUCUUUUCAUUGAGUCAAUAUCACACAGUACUGCCCAAGGGACUCCCUCUUCGAGUUUGAUUUCAGAGUUUGCCUUCUCUUAAAUGAGUUGCCAUCCAAGGUUAACCAGUCCCAUCCACCUAGGGUGUUGGUGUUUUUUUUGCUUGCCAAGAUUUUUGCUGUCCACAAGCUUGACAUUGUCUCAGUUUAGGCCACUUGGUCAUCCAGCACCUUACAUUAUAUAAUAAUACAAGCGCAUGAAACUAGCAACACAUUUUAUAUGAAAUAUUUUAGGAAAAAUAAUUCAUCUCUUUUUUUUUCCCAAGCAUAAAAUGUCUCAUUCAGAAAACUUGUCAGAGGCUUAGCUCCCAUUUAAAAAUUGAACUGUGUUUUAAAAAAUUUGCUUAAUUUUUAACAGCUUGUGCUCAAGUUGUAGCAUUGGAUGUCCCGAAACUUCUAAAAGUACCAGAGAUGCACAUGAAUACCCCAGCAAUUACAUUCAUCCGGCCAGCAGAUCUUCUAACAAGAACUUGUUACGAACUGACAGGUAAGCUAAAUGGAAAUUGGUUUUGUCACAGCUAUUUACACUUUAAACUCUACUGACUAAUUCCCCCCUCUGACCGAUAAACCAUGCUGCUGGCUGCAGUCCCUGGCUUGACAUGUAAAUAGGUCAGGGGUGGGUGUUGUGAAUAUACAAAUGUUUUUGUAUUGUUGUUAUACAGCUGUUCUUUAUGACAUAAAUGUAUUUUAUUUUAAAGUCACGAUUAUGUCUCUUUUGCUAAUAUUUUUAUGUGCAGCAUGAUGAGCCCAGCCCUAGGUUGGUGCACCACCCUAUAUAAGACCACUAAUAAUAAUAAUUCAAAGUUUGUUACUUUAUCAACUUCUGAGUGCUUUACACUUUGAUGAUUCCAGUUUCGAAAUUUCCAACUGUUUGGAUACACCCAUGCUAAGCUGUUACAUGCCACCAUACAAAUUGUAAUUGUGUUCUACUUAAAAAGGAAACUGAGACUCCAUUAAAGGUUAAUAAGACUGCAUUCCUACAAAUCAAAAGAAGACAUUGAAUGUGAUGCUUAACACAGAAUAUUUAUACAUUUCAGUUUGUUUGUAUCUUUUAUUGUUUUUUUUAUUUUACGCCUAUUAUUAUAGAACUAUGAAACAAUAGAUCUUGAUGUUUUCACAGAAAUCAGGGAAUUGGUUCAAGGACACACAGAAAUGGAAUAAUGAAAAGAAAUGUGAGAUAUGUCGCCAGCAAGAGAUCCAUAUGUGUUCAUGUUUGUGUUGGGUGAGUUCAUAUGUGUCCAUGUUUGUGUUGGGUGAGUUCAUGUGUCCAUAUUUGUGUUGGGUGAGUUCAUAUUUGUCCAUGUUUGUGUUUGGUGAGUUCAUAUUUGUCCAUGUUUGUGUUGGGUGAGUUCAAAUGUGUCCAUGUUUGAGUUGGGUGAGUUCAUAAUUGUCCAUGUUUGUGUUGCGUUAGUUGCAAACCAUUAACUGUUACAGAUAAAGCCAGUAUUACAAGGUUAUGAAGGAGCUGUAUUUUUCUGUUUUUUUAAAUGCUACGAGUUAUUGAUGGGAUGGUGUUCAGCAUGUUUGUGCUGACAAGCCAGGGAACUAAACAUUAAAUCUUUUAAAUCUCACACCUUCAGGGAACUGGUUUCCUUGUUUAGAAGCUGCACUAUUUUAAAAAUAAUAGACUUAUAUACAUGUAUUUAUUCUGUUAUUCUGAUAAUUUAAAAAGAUAUUGGCUUUAAAAACUUAGACAUCCAAUUCAUUUUUUUAACAUUGGAAGUUUUUAUCACAAAGCUGUUUUUUAAAAAAGGGAUUAUUUAAUUUUCAUAAUCAGGACACAAAUGUCAAACCUUUUCAACAUUUAUAAUAAAAUCAUGUAAUUUAGUAUUUUCCUCAAACUCUGCAUCUUCUUUUAUGCGUUUUGUGUCCCUAAGUACAGCUCUCUUUCUGCUUAACAUGAGGAGGUCUGUACUAUUAUUGGAACUUAAAAAGUGACUCUCAACUCAAAAACAGGGUGCAAAAGAAAAAAAGGCUCUUUCUGCCUACUAACAAGACUGACUGGUGCCUUCUUCUCCCUUUUUAAGCCAGAGAUUAACUUACUAGCAGCAACACAAUGGUGCACUGCACAGAAUGCACACCAACAAGAUCAACCUCACAACAUUUCAUAACAAAGAUGUUAAAAAAGAAAGUCAACUUGCAUAAAAAGCUUUUUGAAAUAAUAUGGUAAACACGACCUCUGUAGUUUCUAAGUCCUUCUCAGUUGGCUUCAACAUAUUUUUAUUUAUUUAUUAUUCCAGACAUUUAGGCAAUGGAGACAGUCAUCCAAUUAAUUUGAGAGUUGAUAUGUUAACAGGAUACCAGCCUUUGACCUCUGACCUGGACUUGGUAUGUUCUAAUCUUAAAGAGCACUUUCCUUGUCAUUUCAAAAUUUUGUUUAUCACUAGUUGGACUGUGUUGUCAAAUGCAAAGCAAAAUACCUGGUCAUGAACUUCAUGAUUGAACCACACAAGAAAUGUCCAGAAUCAAGGUGUUAAAAAAAUUAAGGAGUAAAUUUACAUAAAGAACACACUCAAACGAGGCCCUUAUCUAUAGUUGCAGUUAUCUGAAACCAUAAUAUCAUCAAAUAAUUUGUGUUGCAUUUUGCUUCCCAAUAGAUCAGGAAACUUCCUGAUGUACAUCAUGUUGAAUACUUGGGAGACACAGAAGCAUUGCUAAUACAAUUCUUAAAGGUAACUUUAUUCAAAACUUACAUAUACAAUUCUCUGUUCAAAAGUAAAAUUUUCUAUGAAGAGAGGAAUGAGCUCUUGGUUGGUUGGUAUUCAUAAACUCCAAAACACUUUGUUACAGAAAUUACACAUCAUUUUUAUUUUUUUUAUUUUUCAAAUCCCUAUUUUCCCAACAAGUGACCCAUCUAAGGUGUGUGUGUGCGUGCAUGAAAAGGACCUGUACUAUCAGUGUACACAGCCUAUUGAGCACACCCAUACUAUUUAAAAAUUGUGUUUUUCUUAUAAAUUAAUAAUGGAUUGAUUUUACUUUCAAUGUUAUCCCUCCCUGUAAAUUAUAAAAAUUAUAAGAAUUUAGAAUGUAUUUGCUUCUAAUCUUUACUACCCAACCUGCAAAAUUUUGACAAUCAAUUAAGUCAAUCCCUUGGAUUGCUUCACUUCAGUGUGCAAAAAACAUGUGCACAGUUCAUGCAAUAAUGAAAACACAGAAGAUGUUGCACACACAGAAUACUUUGCAACAGCAUGAGAAAAAUUAUACGUUACAUUGUUGCAAAACUAAGGCUGUGAAAAGAAUAGUAUCGACACAGACCGAUUUUAGAGAACAACAAAAACUCGGGCAAAAACUUUCAGGACCGAAAAAAAUAAUAUGCACAAUGCAAUCAAAAGCAAAUUACCAUUUAUUUGGAUCAAUAAAAGCAUCUUAUCUUAUGUUGAUGUAUACCUUUGUCCAAUUGAUAAAGGAAUAAUUUAUAACCUAGCAAGUGCGGUUAGAGAUUAACCAUGCUUGUGACUUUUUUUAUAGCCCUCACCGUUGAAAUGAAAAAAAAGUUUCUAAAAAAGAGACUUAUUUGUUUUUCCUCAGAUAAAAAAAGGUGCAGACACAUGUUUUGGGUUCAGAGCUGUGGAUGAGGAAGAAGUUGGGAGACAUCUGCCAGCUUUAAUUGUCAUAACAGAAGUGGGAAGGUCAGGUGGGUAAACUGAAGGACAGUUAAUGGGAAUUUAUGGACCGGUGGGUGAAUCUAAGCAUUAGUGUUUAGUGGAAUCUGAGGGGGGUAGACAUGGUGUGUGAAUUUGAGUGUUUAUUCUCUAGAGUUUUUGUUUAUUCUCUAGAGUCAAAUGGUUUUGAUUUAUUUAAAUCGUACAUUGAGCAUUGAUUUGUAAUCUAAUCAUUUAAAAAAAAAAAUUAAUUUCUUAGAACCAUCAUGCAUCCUUGAGUACCUACCACCUCCAGGUCAGGAGAGUUUGAAGGUUUAUUGCGCUGAGUUUUCCAACUCAAACAGAGGAGAGUGCAAGUGUUUCUCAGGUUAGCAAUGUUGGACAAAUAUUAAAAGUAACUGGGGGGUUUUCAAGGUAUUAGAGUUACUGUGUGUUGCUUGUUUUUAUUUAUAGCUAUCUGCAAAUGGCAACUCAGGUUUUUGCAGUUGUUUCAUUUUGUGUAUUUUUAUUUUUCAUUUAUUCACAACCAACUGUUAUUUAUUAUAAAAGAUACCGUCUAUAAAAUUUGUUCCACCAUCAGGCUUAUGUAGCUCAUGCAGACCAUAUACUAGAAAUGACCUUGACCUACACAACACGAAAAAACUCGCCUGCAACAGUCCGAUUGGUGAGUUAUUGAUUUAACAGUAAAUAAAACCCAUUUAUCUCAAACUUACAUUAAAACUGCAGUGUUACUUGUAGCUAACAUGAUAUCCGUUUGCUAUUGUAACGAAUGUCCACUAGCAUAAUGUCUGUUACAUAAUGUGUAGACAGACUUGUCCUCAAUUCCCCCCCCCCCCCCUUAUUUAUUGGAUUAUUUAAUGGAAUAAAAACUUUAUAAAUUAAUUGCUAUUGUCAAUUAAGUUUUAAAAUUUUUUUAUUUGAAACACUUGUGUUAUUUUGUGCAUCAGAAAAGCCUAUGAAUAAAUUUGGGAUUACCUUUAAUUUAUCAAUUAAAGUCUUGAUGUUUUAUUUUUUAAAUGUGUUUUUUUUACAAAUUGUUUGAAUAUUAUGUUAUUGAUUUCAGCUUACCAACUCGCCUGGACAUCUGUGACGGACCAGAUUCAGUGGAUGCAAAUAAAUGCCAAUAUUCUGGCCAUCAAUAAGACAGGUAAAAAUAUGCCAGGAUGACAAACUGUGGCUGCUUUGAGACAGGACAGGUCAUUCUAGUCACAUUAAAUGUGACUACUGUGAAACAGGAUAGGUCAUUCUAGUCACAUUAAAAGUGACUACUGUGAAACAGGAUAGGUUAUUCUAGUCACAUUAAAUGACGACUGUGAGACAGAUAGGUCAUUCUAGUCACAUUAAAUGUGACUACUGUGAAACAGGAUAGGUCAUUCUAGUCACAUUAAAUUUGACUAUUGUAAGACAGGAUAGGUCAUUCUAGUCACAUUAAAUGUGACGAUAAAUGUGAUGAUUGUGAGACAGUAUAGGUCAUUCUAGUCACAUUUAAUGUGACGACUGUGAGACAGGAUAGGUCAUUCUAGUCACAUUAAAUGUGACUGCUGUGAGACAGGAUUGUUAUUCUAUUCACAUUAAAUGUGACUACUGUGAGACAGGAUAGGUCAUUCUAGUCCAGCGGUUCUCAACCUUCUUAAUGCCGAAACCCUUUAAUAGAGCUCCUCAUGUUGUGGCGACCUUCAGCAAUAAAAUUAUUUUCGUUGCUACAUCAUAACUUGACCUACACAACAAAGGGGUCGCGAUCCACAGGUUGAGAACCGCUGUUCUAGUCACACAAAAUGAAGGGUUAGGUUUUUACAAACGAGGAAAUAUUAAAACAAAACUCCACUUGGGAUAGAAAUAUUCAUUGUGGACAUCAAAAUAUUUUGUUGUACAAUUUAUUGUAUGGAUUAUUGGAGGAGGUUGAUGUUGGCAGAAGACCCGGAGAAGUAAAGUGUAAUAAAUACUCUAUAACUCUUCCUCAGGUGCAGACCCUGUCAGGGUGGGCAGCAGCAUCCAGAUGAUUUCUCCUAGUUCCUGCGAUUGUCUUAUCCGAAACUUUGAACAGCAGGAGAAACUCUACAUGUUGUCUAGUGAUGUGGAGAGAUUGGUGGAUAAGAAUGGACAAUAUGUGUACGUCUCUAAGUUAUAAGGGGCUUAUCCAAAUACUUCGUCUCUACUACAAGGGGCUUAUACAAAUACUUAAAAUGGGUAGCAUUAUGAAUAAAAAAAAUAUUUUAUAUUUAUUCUUUUCUUUUCAAAUUUCAGAAAUCGCUACCUACUUGACCAGAACUCUGUUUUCUUGCGAGUCACUGAGCCGGGUGAGCAGCCAUCUAGCACAAGUUCCACUUCGCCAGCAGUGUUAUUUAGUUAUCUCCAAGAGGCUUUCAAUCCCACCAACACAUGUGAAGCUUAGAACCUUGGCACUGGGACAAAGUUUUUCAUUAAUUUCAGCUCUAUUUAUUGUGUAUUAUUGUUAUGUAUAAUUUGGGAGAAAAAAAGAAUUGUGAUUUUUAUAAAGUUAAAAAACUUUAUACAUUAGAGAUUCGUUUUUUUAAGCUGCUGAUGAUUAUGUAAAUAUUACUAAGAUAUUCACUAUGGUCCCUAUCUGAAUCACUUGCAUGAAAGCAUAAUAAUAACUAUUUUACUCAUUUAGAGCCUUUCUUUUUUCUUACAAUUGUCAAAACCCAGCAGCAUCAUUUUAGCUCUGGCAGAUUGGUAAUGUGCCUUCAGCCUUAAGAUGUCUUGUCUCCUGGCCACAUGACGAUGGAAAUAAAACUUAAAUGAUUUAAUCAGGAUUCUUGCUGUUCAUUUGAACACAAUUAUAACCUAUUUUACACUGGAAAAGUGUUUUUGUUUCUAUUAUUAUUUUUUCUUUAACAAAACCUAAAGGUCUUACAUUAGUGAUAGAGAAAUUUGAAGUACCGUAGAGAUUUUGUACCACAACUGCCAUGACAUAUUUGUCUGGAUUGAAUGCAUUGAGGGCCCAAUUUAUAGCUGUGUCGGGAUGGUUUGCUCUUACUGCUCUGUGUAGUACUAUUUUUUUUUUUUUUUUUAAAUCUGAUUUAAUUGAUUUGAAUAGUUUUAAAUGGCUUGAUAUGGCAAGGUUUAAGGACAUUUUUAUAAAAUUUGAAAAUUAAUUUUUUUUUAAUGUACAUUCCAGGCCUGUUAUUUUCUACUGAAUUUUAGAAUGUAAUUUUUGUUAAAUUCAUUUUUUAAUUUUUGUCAAAUUCAUUUAUAAAGUAUAAUAAAGUCAUGCUAUGUCAAUAAGUAAAUCCUAAAAAAAGUUUUUUUUUUAAAUUCACAAAUGAAUUUUGCUUUUUACGACUAACUUGAAGUAGGUUGCCGUCGAUGUGUUCAUUAAUGUUAAGCCACACAGGGUAGUGUGCUGUGAUUUCCAGCAGGAAUGUAUAAUUGUUUAUAUUAUGCGAGUCAAAUUCACUUGUUUUCUUUUAUGAAACUGUAUAUAUAAAAUAUAAAGAUAGUUGAUUCAUCAAACGUAUGGUUUCUUUAGAGUUUGUUUUUCUAACACAUAUCGUGUUAAACAAAAAUUGGGCAAGAUGUGACGUUUUAAACAAGCAUUCACACGGCUGCAGCCCAUCAUCAUCAUCCUGUGGUGGAAGCGGGAAGAAAAUCGUGAGUUUCAGGCGGUGACUGACAAUGAAUCUCCUACUUGGGUGUGUUGGGGUGUACACCAGCUGCACUCUUUUGGUUACAAGUUCCUAUAACGCUGAGUUAACAAUUGGAGGACAUCCAACCAGCACCAGGUAAGAAAUUGUUACUCUAAUAGUAAAAAAGAAUGUAACCACUUCUGGCUGGUCAACUUCAAUUAAGUUUACAUCCAGAAAACAAUAUAUGUAAAUUAUUUGAGAUCUCUAACCAUCUUUUGUUCAGUGUCUGACAAUGCUGGCAUCGAUUCAUAACAAAAAGAAUCAAGCUUUCUUCAGAUCUUGCAUCUCUGGUGUAAAGAAUAACUUUAUCUGAAUGGUCCAGACUUCUAAAGAAUAUGAAAAAAAACAAGCAU